GCCCAGCUUCGCCCUGCUCGGACUCUGUAGUGCGGCUGGGUGGAAGGAGCACCUGACCGGCCGCUGCACGCUCCGACAGCCUCCCGAGACCCUCCCUGGGACCUGACAGGUUGGGGCUGGCCCGUCCCCGGGGGCUGCUCUGCACACGUGCGUCUUCUCCUGUCUGUACCCGCUGUGCGGGGAAGGUCCUCGACGAGCCGCUCUCCGUGGCAAAUAGUGGACAUUUUACGAACCUGCCGCUUCCUUUUGCCCAGUUUGGAACAGCUUGGGGCCCUGCCCAGCUUUGAGUUGCAGAUAAACAAGUAACGCCUUUCAGGUGUAGAGGUGUCCAGUCGUGGUGUGCUUUGGGAUAUAUUUAUAUGAAAGCAGUCACUAUCGCUUUGAGAUUCGGAUAUAAGCAAGCCUUUUUCUCUGUAGCGGAAGAGAAAAGAGCAAAGCUGGCAGAGGCGGCAGAAAGAAGACAGAAAGAGGCCGCGUCUCGGGGGAUUUUGGAUAUUCAGUCGGUGGAGGCAAAGAGGAAGAAGAGAGAACAGUUAGAAAAGCAGAUGGAAGCAUCAGGGCCACCAGCAGGCGGACUCAGGUGGACGGUGUCAUGAAUCAUUGCACACUGCAGGAGAGUCCUGCCACUAACUCCAGCAUCUGCAGUCGGAUGGAGUUCAGCUGAGUGUUUCUUCUUCGCACUGAGGAAGAGCUAGACUUUAUAUCAUUUAGUGCCCUUGAGAGCAGCGUAUGAAAACCAUACUAAAAAUAUUGGUAAAAAUUUUGAUUUUCAAACUUACUGAAUUACCCAUCCUUUCAUUCAAUCCCUCUCUAUUUAUUUUCUCUUCUACAAGUGGUAACGUGCCACGUUUUGUAGUUAAAAUAAGGAUCUAAAAGGUACAUUUGCUUGAUGUGCUCUGGUCCCACACAUAUCUCCAAUGUUGCAUUUGCCAUAAUAUCUCUGCUUUAUAAGUGACCUUGCUACUUAGCCUCAUGUGGCACAGCCUUCUGUCUGUUCUGUUUCACGCUAUAGGAAGACUUUGGCUUCAAUUUCCUGACUUAGUGCCUUUAAGCUGAUUAUCAGGGAAAUCCUAAAGAUGCACUGAAUGACUUCAGAUAAAGAAAUUCCUUAUUUUUAUAACCCACUAAGAGAUUAAUAUUUGUAGGCAAAUGUGGACUUUCUGCUAAUUUAUUUUCUAUACCUAUGGCAUAUCACGUUAACUUGAAAUUACAUGUCAGUAGUACAUGAGAUGUGUAAUACUGAUGUGUCCCGCCAAAAGCAUGAGAUCUGUGCAGCGAAUGAAUGAGGGCAACUGACAGGCAGGUUGGUGAUGAGUGAUAAUGUACGUGUUCAAAGUUCAUGGGAAUUUUUAUUUUUUGUAUUUUUAAAGAAUUAUUGUAAGAUGUAUUCAGACAUGACAUUGCCAAUGAAAGCAUGAAAGAGAAUUACAUGAGUUCUGUACCCGGGAAGAUCGCCUUCAGGUGUCUGUGCAAGCAUCAGGAAACAAUUUGGUGUGAUAGUCAUACAAGAGGUCUGAAGAUCUCUCUAGGUGAAAACACGACAUGUACAUACAGAGUAAAUCUAUUAUAUCUGAAACUAAGUUAUAUUGUGUAAUACUUUUAAUCUAAAUUUGCAAAGUAUCCAUCAAAAUACAGCCUACCACAAGGAGACUUAACUACCAGGUCAAAGUGUGGGAUGUGCAAAAGUUAGCAUUGUAAGACCUGACUGAGGCUUCAGAUUCAGAAUUAGUUAGAUGUUUAUGUUCUCCAUAAUUCUGGGAUAUUUGAAAAGAAUCGAGCACACUGAGUGAGAUUCUUCUGCACAUGGAGUCCUCUCAUUUUUUGUCUCUGCCCAGCCAUCUCACUUCCUGGCUCUCUGUACAGACCUGCAGACCUCUAUGGUCAGGUAGUGGCAAGCUCCAUCCUCUGAUCUUCAGAUAAGCUUGGUUUGUACAGGCAAGAUAUCUCCACAGAUCUCCAUACAUUAUACUUGAUUCAUGACAUUGUGGCUUGUUUUCUUCUUACUACAUAAUAAGAAAAGAUGCAAAGAUGCUUCUGUUAUGGUUUACAAUGCCAGCACCUGAUUCCCUACCUUAGAAUUUAUAGAUUCCAAAUGCCAGUCAGGAAUCUCAGUGAAUUAGGCCAGGUCAAGCCACCAGCUCGCCUGCCCCUCGACAAUGUGUCAAGCAUGUUAUUCUUAAAGAGUUGGAGCUGUAAGAAUUAGUUUUCUAUUGUCCAAAGUAUUUUGUGAAUAUCUAGGCAAGUCAUAUGAAAUAUCAGCUCAGUUUUCUUCACUUAUAGAUUAGUGAUAUUUUCUUCAUAAAGGACAGUGAAAUCAAUAAACUGAAUUUUAGUGAAUUUUGGUAAUUAACAUUUCUAACAUAGGAAUGAUCUCUGAUAGUUGGAUGUGGAGAGAGGCAGCACACAUCCUUUAUAAUUGGAAGCCUUCCUUCUGUUAGGACAGACAUAAAAUUCUCUUCACUUCAUCUUCAAUAGUUGCAACUUGGAUUGCGCAAAGAGAAGGCUCGCUUUCUAGAGGUAGUAUUGCAUUAAUACAAAACUGGCAUACUUACUCUAGAGGCACACAUGACAUAGGGUACAUUGCUUGCUUGAGAUAAGUGGGAUACAUUGCUUUUGCCAACUGUGGACUGACACUGUCUUAACAAGGCCACGUGCAUGUCUAUGGCCUGCCCUACAGAUAUGAUGAUGUGCUCAACCUUCAUGAAGGCUGUAUAUGCCAUAGGUACAAAAUGGUGACCCGAAUCUCAUGAAUGUGAUUAAAAA